CAGCCCCCACGAUCUGUGUGCAGUGCGAGCUGUCCCCCAGGAACCAGACAAGCCACAAGGAAGGGCCUUCCUGUCUGCUGUUUUGACUGCAUGCCAUGUGGAGAUGGUGAUAUUUCUAAUAAAACAGCUUCAAUCCUCAGACCACAUACUUGUCAGCUUCAGGGACGAUUCAGGCUGAACGGAGUGUACCAGGAUGGAGAUGUUAUACUUGGAGGCCUGUUUGACGUUCACUUAUUCACAGUGUUCCCAGAGCUCAGCUUCAGAAAAGAGCCAGAUCCACCAUACUGUGAAAAAUUUAAUAUGGAAAGCUUCCAGCAUGCACAGACCAUGGUUUUUGCUAUAGAUGAGAUCAAUAAGAAUCCAAACCUGCUGCCUAAUAUUACUCUUGGAUACCAUCUUUAUGACAACUGUUUGAUUCUAGGAAUGGCAUUCCGGGCUGCCAUAUCCCUGGCUAGUGGAACAGAGGAGUCAUUCUCCAACAUCAACUGGGAUACAUUGGCCUGUUAG